AUGGCGAUGCUGACUUGGACCAUUAUUGGGCUGCUGGCGCUGUGCCACUCGAGCAUAGCUUACACCAAAUUCCCUCCUGGGUUCACGUUUGGCGUAGCGACAGCUUCCCAUCAGAUCGAGGGUGCUUGGAACGUCAAUGGCAAAUCUGAAAAUGUCUGGGACCGUCUGUCUCACACGCGACCAGAGAUGAUCGCAGACGGUACCAACGGCGACAUUGCCUGCGAUUCCUACAACCGUUACCUAGAAGAUGUAGAGGAGCUGGAGUAUCUUGGAGUGGACUUCUACCGGUUCUCUCUAUCUUGGGCUCGUCUCCUGCCUACUGGCCGCAUAGAUCACAUCAACCCUGAUGGAAUCCGUUACUACAAUGAUCUCCUUGACGCUUUGGCUGAGAAAAACAUCGAACCUCUCGUAACCCUGUUCCACUGGGACCUGCCCCAAACUCUGCAAGACCUUGGCGGCUGGACCAACCCUAAGAUGAUUGACUACUUCCGUGAUUACGCUGACUUGUGCUUCAAAGAGUUCGGAACCAAAAUCAAGUCUUGGAUUACGUUCAACGAGCCUUACGAGAUCUGCGAGGAUGCUUAUGGUGAUGAGAAGAAGGCUCCAGCUAUAAACAGCCACGGUGUUGGUAACUACCUUUGCAGUGACAACCUGCUAAAGGCUCAUGCCGAGUCCUACCACUUAUACAACGAGACCUACCGCCCAGUCCAGAACGGAAGGAUCAUGAUUUCCAUCAACUCUAUCUGGUACGAGCCCAGCGACCCUUCCAACGCCGAACAGGUUGUUCUCGCUGAAGUGGCCAAUCAAUUCAAAUUUGGUUGGUUCGCACAUCCAAUUUUCACCGUUGAGGGAGGAUACCCAGCAGUGAUGGUUGAAAACGUGGCUCGUCAGAGCGCAGCUGAGGGACUUCCCAAACCGCGUCUUGAGCAGUUCGACGACUACUGGAUUCAGAGAAUCAAGGGCACAUCGGACUUCCUUGGUAUCAACCACUACACCACAUGGUUGGUCACUGGAGCUGGAGUCGACCCCACCGCUAAGUCACCGUCUUGGUUGAAGAUAUCGGAGCAGUAACUACAAUGGAAGUUGGUGGUGACUCUGCUUCAGAGUGGCUUAGAGUAGUACCAACUGGCUUCGCUAACCUGCUCCGUUGGUGCAAGAGUUCAUACAACGACCCACCGAUUUACAUCACAGAGAACGGUUUCUCAGACUUGGGUACCUUGGAGGAUUACGGUCGUAUCAAGUAUUACAAUGAUUACUUGAGCGAGAUCCUGAACGUAAUCUACGAUGACGGCGUCAACGUCCUCGGCUACACCGCCUGGACUCUCAUGGACAACUUCGAAUGGAGGGCUGGAUUCUCCGAGCGUUUCGGAUUUUACUAUGUAAACAUUACUGACCCUGCGCGCCCACGCACCAAGAAACUCUCAGCCGAUUACUACCGCGACCUGAUCGCUAACCGAGAGCUACCUCAGGACGAGCGCUACAAGAUAUCACAAAAGUGA